AAGUGGGUGGUGGCGGGGACGCAGCGGUUCACCUUUCCGGAAGGCGCUAGUUUCUCUCGAGCGGUGGCCGGGGUUUGUUCCCAGAUUCUCUUUUCUGAGGAAUAGUCGACCCCGCCGCGCCUUUCAAGCACCAAGCUCGCAAGCUCGCGCCUUCGGCUUCUCCGACUGCAAAGCUGUGGGGCGGGGAGGACCGAGGCUCAGCCAGCGGAGCUCCGUGCAAUUCCCAGCCCCUCUCUCCGUGCUGCAGAUAGGCCGCUCCCUCAGGCCCAGUCCGUGGCGGCCCCGGCGGGUGAUGCCAAAUACAGCCAUGAAGAAAAAGGUGCUAUUGAUGGGAAAGAGCGGGUCGGGGAAAACCAGCAUGAGGUCGAUUAUCUUUGCAAAUUAUAUUGCUCGCGACACCCGGCGCCUAGGUGCCACCAUUGACGUGGAGCACUCCCACGUCCGAUUUCUGGGGAACCUUGUUCUGAACCUGUGGGACUGUGGCGGUCAAGACACCUUUAUGGAAAACUACUUCACCAGCCAGCGAGACAACAUCUUCCGUAAUGUCGAGGUUUUGAUUUACGUGUUUGACGUGGAGAGCCGCGAACUGGAAAAGGACAUGCAUUACUACCAGUCAUGUCUGGAGGCCAUCCUCCAGAACUCGCCAGAUGCCAAGAUCUUUUGCCUGGUGCACAAAAUGGAUCUGGUUCAGGAGGAUCAGCGUGACUUGAUUUUUAAAGAGCGAGAGGAAGACCUGAGGCGUUUGUCUCGCCCCCUGGAGUGCGCUUGUUUUCGAACAUCCAUCUGGGAUGAAACGCUGUACAAAGCCUGGUCCAGUAUUGUCUAUCAGCUGAUUCCUAACGUUCAGCAGCUAGAGAUGAACCUAAGGAAUUUUGCCCAAAUUAUUGAGGCCGAUGAAGUUCUGCUGUUCGAGAGAGCUACGUUCUUGGUUAUUUCCCAUUAUCAAUGCAAAGAGCAGCGUGACGUCCACCGAUUUGAGAAGAUCAGCAACAUCAUUAAGCAGUUCAAGCUGAGUUGCAGUAAGUUGGCCGCUUCUUUCCAGAGUAUGGAAGUUAGGAAUUCUAACUUCGCCGCUUUCAUCGACAUCUUCACAUCAAACACGUACGUGAUGGUUGUUAUGUCGGAUCCAUCGAUCCCUUCUGCAGCUACUUUGAUCAACAUUCGCAAUGCCAGGAAACACUUUGAGAAGCUGGAGAGAGUCGAUGGUCCUAAGCAUAGUCUCCUUAUGCGUUGAAUUUUGCCAAAUGCUGUUUCUGAAAAUGCUGAAUUGCCUUUUUUCCCCCUGCAUCCUCUCUUUACAAAAAAAAAAAAUUCAUAAUGUUCUGUGCUUAUAAGUGGGCUUUGAAUGUUGCUUACUACUGCCGUCUUUCUUCCCUAUUCCCCAGUCUUUAUACAUUGGACGCUAUUUACUCAGCUAUCCAGUAGAGCUUCAAAGUGUUUUUUUCUGAAGUUCGUAUGGUGUAACACUAAAGGUGGUUUGUGUGUGUUCUGAUUACCUGGUUAUAAUAAAUUUAUACAUCAAAGCCCUUAUAACGGUAUCUUCCUGUAUUCCGUAUCACCUUGCAAAAAUGGGAUGUUACUAUUUUGUCAGCAAGGUGUAAAAUGCAUUUAUAAAUUAUUCUUUGCUUCAAUCAUGAAUAAAACAUUUGUUGUUAGCAAUUUAAAA